CUUGCUCCGUCCCUCGGCCCGCCUCAGGUUUCUUUUCCUUCGGCUGUUCUUCGCGGGACGAUGUCGUCCUCUCCCAAGGCGGAGAAGAAGCACUGGAGCCUGAGGCGCCUGUCCAUCGGGGGCAGGCGAGGCAGCAUGAAGCCUUCUGCUUUGGAGCUAGCGGAGAACGCCCCCAACGCGCAUUACGCGCCUUUCUCGCUCUCCCCGCCAGAAGGACCCCCGGGGGGCGGCGCACCUCCGUCCCGCUGCGGCGAGGCGAAGGCGGCGGCGGCGACGGCGGUGAUGGUGAAUGCCGACUACCCGCGCCCUGCCGUCACCCUGGACCCGCGCGUCUCCAUCUAUAGCGUCCGCAGACCCCUGCUAAGCCGCAGCAACAUCCAAGGCAGGGUCUACAACUUCUUGGAGAGACCCACCGGCUGGAAGUGCUUCGUCUAUCACUUCACUGUUUUCCUCAUAGUGCUGGUCUGCCUUAUUUUCAGCGUCCUCUCCACAAUUGAACAGUAUUCAGCUCUGGCCACAGGGACGUUAUUUUGGAUGGAAAUUGUAUUAGUGGUGUUUUUUGGAACAGAGUAUGUUGUUCGAUUGUGGUCUUCAGGAUGUCGCAGUAAAUAUGUUGGCUUUUGGGGAAGGCUUCGUUUUGCUAGGAAGCCCAUUUCUAUCAUUGAUCUAAUUGUAGUUGUUGCUUCAAUGAUAGUUCUUUGUGUGGGUUCUAAAGGUCAAGUUUUUGCAACCUCUGCUAUCAGAGGUAUUCGGUUUCUGCAGAUUCUGCGUAUGCUUCAUGUAGACAGACAGGGUGGCACCUGGAGACUGUUGGGAUCAGUGGUUUUCAUACAUAGACAGGAAUUGAUAACCACCCUGUACAUUGGGUUUCUAGGUCUCAUUUUUUCUUCAUAUUUUGUGUACUUGGCUGAAAAAGAUGCUGUGAAUGGCAUGGGAGAACAUGAUUUUAGCAGCUAUGCGGAUGCUCUUUGGUGGGGAGUAGUGACUGUUACAACCAUUGGUUAUGGAGACAAGGUGCCCCAGACGUGGAUAGGAAAAACAAUUGCAUCUUGCUUUUCUGUUUUUGCAAUUUCAUUUUUUGCUCUGCCUGCGGGAAUUCUUGGUUCUGGGUUUGCUCUGAAGGUACAGCAGAAACAAAGGCAGAAGCACUUCAACCGACAAAUCCCAGCAGCUGCUUCUCUCAUUCAGACUGCCUGGAGGUGCUAUGCAUCUGAAAACCCAGACUCUUCUACAUGGAAAAUAUACAUUAAAAAACCUUCCAGAAAUCAUCACUUUAUGUCCCCUAGUCCCAAGCCAAAGAAAACAGGGAUGGUGUCGAUAAAAAAGAAGUUUAAGUCAGAAAAAGAUAAUGGAUCUACUUCUCCUGAUAAAAUGUUACCUGUUCCACAAAUCACAUUUGAUCAUGUCAUGGAGGAUAGAAAAUCUGACAACUUUAAUGUGGAUGCAUUUGAAAAUUCUGGACAAAAAGGAAUGUUAAAAUAUCUUGUCCGACAACAUUCCUGGUCAUCCUUUUCUACAGAGCAGCCAUCUCCCAGUUCUCCCACUUCUUCAGUGAAAAGGAACUCUCCAUUUUUAGAUGCAAACACAGGACCAUUCAUUAGGACCAACAGCUUUGCUGAUGAACUUGACCUGGAGGGUGAGACAUUGCUGACCCCAAUAACGCACAUCUCACACUUGCGAGAACAUCACCGUGCUGCCAUUAAGGUGAUACGUCGGAUGCAGUAUUUUGUGGCAAAGAAGAAAUUUCAGCAAGCUAGAAAGCCUUAUGAUGUACGUGACGUUAUAGAGCAAUAUUCUCAGGGUCAUAUCAACUUAAUGGUGCGAAUAAAAGAGCUUCAAAGAAGGCUGGACCAAUCUAUAGGAAAACCUUCACUUUUCAUUUCCAUCUCAGAAAAAAACAAAGACCGAGGGACUAAUACAAUUGGUGCCCGACUGAACAGAGUUGAAGACAAGAUUACCCAAAUGGACCAGAAGCUGAACGUCAUCACAGACCUGCUUCAUCACCUGGUUUCUGGCCAGCAAGGAAACCAAGGCAGCAACAAAUCAUCUCACAGGAACAAUGUCAGCACUGAUCUCUUUCUAUCUAGUAACACUCUUCCUACUUAUGAGCAACUGACAGUUCCGAGGAGCAUCCAGGAUGACGUUUCCUGAUGCAAUAGAGAUCCAUUUCCUUCCUUUUAAUUGACUCUGAAUGUUUUGAAUCGUGAUGGGGGGGGGUGGAGAUAAAUUAAAGCUCAUAAUCAGCCAUACAAGAAUUAAACAAGUCUACUAAACAAAUGUUACUAACCUCAGAUGCAUUCUUCCAAAAGCAAUCACUGAGACAACCACAAAACCUUAAAACCUGCACUGUGUUGUUUUUUAAAUGUGGUACCUUUAUAAGUUCUACUCUUUUUCUUUUCUUUUGUGAGUAGAUCAUGCUAGUGCAAUCUGUCAUUACACUGAAAGACCAAAAAGAAUAGAUGGCAAUAAUUCAGGCAAAAGGUCAACAGAUUUAUGUGCCCUGUCUAUCGAGUACUGCUGUUGCAGGCAAGGUGCUGAAGUCCUUCAUGAGCACCACUGAAAUGGUCUGAACAUUCUGUAGCAGCUAUGCUUGGUGGAUUGCACCCUAUGACUCUUCAAUCAUAAUGAUACUUGAACUUAGAUGGAAGUGUGUGUAUUCUGUUUAUGACUCUGCUGAUAGCAGUAUAGUUUUACUAUUUAGAUUCUAAAGGACAAUAAAGUAUGUUGGUUGUAUUAUAUAAACAUAAAAUUACCACCGUCAUUUUUGGAAAUGACAAGAGCACACAUUGGGGCUGUUCUAACGUGCAGCCUAACCCAGGCUAGGGAAGCCCAGCCUGGGUUAGGCUGUGCGUGAGAACCACAGGCCCAAGUAAUGGGCCUGAUCCUACCAGAGCAGCCGCCUAGCCCCAUUUAAAAAUCCAGCUCUUGGCUAGGAUUUUUAAUUGAGCAAAGCCCUUAACCUGGGCUCUGGGGUUGUGUGUUCCCUGGGGCUAUGUUUAGCCCUAGUGGACACAGCGCGUGGUGCUUAGACUAGAGCACCCAUCUCCUGGGGUAAUCUCCCCAACUCAUUGCACGUGUCAUGCAAUGAAUUGUGGGAUCCAAGGAGGCUGGGACACAUCGUCCCGGCCUCUGGAGCUGCGCACUACAGACACAUAGCACUGCUCAUCUGGGAGCAUGGUCCGCACUCCCAGAAACAAACCAUCGCUUGUUUGGGGGGAAGGUAAGCUUAAGCAGCCUUCCCCCACCCCCACUGCCUGCCAGCUGCCCCGCCCACCCGAUCAUGUGAACGAGCUCACUCAGUGAUUUUUUUUUCCUGUUUUCAUUUUUGGCCUGUUACAUAAAUCUAAGAUAAUGACUAGAUUUUUAAAAAACUGUUUUUCUUCAGGGAAGAAUGAGUGCUUUAGCCUAGAAUGAUAACAUUUGUGAAAGAAAGCAAUAUACAUUUUUGGUAAGAUAUGGUGAUUUCAUGGGGACAAUAAAAUAUUGCAUAGGAAAAAUUAAUAUUUUAAACAAGAAAUCAUACUGCUGCCAAAGAAUUUAUAUAUAGUAUUUAUCACAACCAUCUGUGUAUGCUUGUCCUGAAGGAGCUUUGAAAAUUCAUUGCGGUUUUUGUAUUGUCUUUAGCUCUAGUUUGUUUCUCAAUGUACUGUAAUAAGCACAGGUCUAGAGUAACUGGAUCUUCUUGAUCAAGGGCUUGAGACUGCUAGCUGGGGAAAACAUAGCAGCUUUGGAUGUUAUGGAGAUGCCCCACCAGCCAAAUGUGCAGUCACUUCUACAUGAAGCUAGCACUCUCCUCCAUAAUGUCUGAAGGGAAGCACGUGUAUCCUCCUGUGUUGAAACACACAAGCACUUCGUCCAUUAGUCCUUAUGAAGAUGCAGUGCUAGCUAAAAGCAGAGGUGACUGCAUGGUUGCAUUGCAGUGCUUCUCUAUGAUGCCCAGAACUGUUCUGUGCAUCAGGGAACUAAGGGCAUAAGUCAUUCAUGCAUCUAUGAGCCUUGCUCUAUGAAAAUAAAAAUCAGCACUUAUUAAAGAGAAAACGAUCCUGCAUGGAUAGUGCUGGCCAGAUUCCUUAUUUUCCACAUGUCCUCCCCUGUCCCCACCUCCCUGCAGUACAGAUUCUGGAAUCACCUGGAAACUCACUUUGUAUUUAUUUUUAGAGGCAAGAUUUUAACCACCUUAAGAAAAGAGUUCUAAUGUGUAUGGUCUGCCCAUGUGUAUGCGCAUCUGUGCAUGUGCACAGUUUAUGUGGCAGUUUGCUGUCAGUGCCAGGCACACUAGCCUGGGCGAGAGGGCCCCAGUGCCUUUACCAGAGUGUAUCACCACACAGUGGCAGAAACAUGGGGGCCCAGCACACAACUGCUAAGUGAAUAGCAACCCCCAGCAGGGACAAUGCUGUUAGCCUGCAGUGGACACUAAUACCAAUUCAGCAAUCACGUCUUCCAGCACACCAUGCUGAAGUAGCAUCCCCCAUGCCUUUGUCUUGUGACACCCUUGCUAAGGGCAUCAGGUCUCCCUCCCUCACCGAGUAGCAGAGGCUGAUAGUUCAACAGUGGCACCACUUUGUGCACACCGAAAACCUUGGUCUGGUCCACCCAUACAUGUUCAUAAUUUGCUGACUGCAGCAUAAAGUAGUAACUAGCAUGUGCAAAUAAGCUAUAACAGGUCACUGGCACAGGCAGAACGUCCAUGUUGCCUCACAUCAUCUCAAACAUCAUGCUUUUCAGUUCACAUAUUCAGCUGUGAUUCAUCAGGUGCUGAGUAAUCAAGUAAUGUGCAUGCAUUUAUCAACUAGCCCUCAGAAUCAAAAGGAAUCUGAAAAAGAGGGCUUCAGUGCUCGCUUCGGCAGCACAUAUACUAAAAUUGGAACGAUAUGGGGGAAAGAGGGCUUCAGUGCAGUUUGUAAGAAACCCCACAGGCCAUGUGAAUUGGCACUGAAUUCUAUAAGUAUCUGAAUGUUUCAGCUGAAUAAUUCACAGAAAUAAAAAACAAUUCAUUCUACUCAAUAAGCACCAUUGCUGAUGGCUUUCUGUGGCAAGGGAUUUAACUUUAUCCCAGCAAUUUCUGUUGUUGUUGUUGUUGUUGUUGUUGUUAUUAUUAUUAUUUUCAAUGCAGAACAAUGAUUGUCCUUGAGUAUAGCACUUAGAUAUGGUAACAUAUCAGAGACUUGGUACUAGCAAGGGAGUUGCAGCUUGGGGCCGGAGUGGCCUGAAAUAUUCCUGGGCCUUUCCCAGACAGCGGGCUUAACUGCAGAAUUAAGUGGGGUAUAGUAGAACAUGAGGUAAUAUAUUAGCCACAUACACGUGCAAUAAGGAUAAUUCGAAGAAACAGGGGUGGGGGCGCAUUCACAUAGGGCUGCUUUAAUAGGGUUCCUGUUGGUUCCUUCCAGAUUUUUUCUGUGCAGCUUUCAUACCAUGCACCGUUCAAGUCCUUGUAGGGUGUACCACUCCCAGAAUGGAACAUCGUUUUAAGCAUCUGCAUGGUGCAUUUUGUUUUCCUCUCUUAAUAAAAUUUAUCUCUUUUCCCCUCCUUUUAAAAAGUCUCCUGACUCCCAGUGGCACAUAAGAAUAUAAGUAGGCUUUUCUUAAAGCCUCACUUUUUUCUGGGUUUGUAAAAAACAAUUGCUUGGUGAUCUUGCGGAACA